GUGAUUUGUUUAUCACGUGACCUGUAAAGCUUUGAUGGCUGUGCUAGCUUCCUAGCAAAAUAAAUCUCUCAUUAGGCAUACAUUAUUUGUUCGUCUCUAUUUAGAGAAAGCAGCAGAAAUGCGUGCCCAAACUUGUUUGGAUGAGCAGUUAUUGUUGUUCAUGGACCAACUCGAAGCUUUGGAAGAGAAAAGACAUAAACUGAAUUCUCUUAUAGAAGAGGGAUGGUUUUCUAUCGCCAAGGCACGUUAUUCAAUGGGAAACAAGCAAGUAUCUGCCUUACAGUAUGCGAGUGAGAUGGAACCGCUUGUUUACGUGGAAGACAGCUUGCUGGAAAGAGGAACAGUUGAGUUUGUAUGUAAAAGAGCGGAGAGUAAAUCAGAAGAGCUGAAAAGUAACAUAGAAGACAUUGGAGCAAAAGAGGGAGGUCUUAGAAGGCGAAUAAAUACCAAACAAAAGGAGACUAAAGUGGAAGAUGCUUCUGAUACGCAACAGGAGACAGAACUUCAAGAAAAAACAAAAACUGAAUCACCAACACCAGAGAAUAGAGACCCACUGAAGUGGUUUGGAAUCCUUGUACCACAAAAUCUGAAACAAGCUCAAGCUGCAUUUAAGGAAGUGAUCACUGUCUCAGCAGAGAUUGCAUCCCUACAAAGUGCAAUACUGGCUACAAGGAAAGAGAUGCAGGCCCAGAUGAAAGAAAAACAAGACAGUGUGGGGGAGACCAAACUGGAAACGCUGAAGGAAUAACAGUUUCAAAUUGUAUAACAUUUAUUUAUUAACUUUGUAUGAACCCUAGAAAAUGGCACAUCAUUCCAAAUGACAGAUACCUGUCUAAAUAUCAUUUUUUUGGCAAUUGUCAAAUGAUCAUUUGCAUUACUUACUUUAAAUGCAACAUUGUUUCCUAAUAAAAAUGUUUACUGAUGA